GUUUACAUUUGCCUCUAGCUGGCAUGCUGGGUAAUGUAGUUGUGCCAAGGUGUUAGGCAAUAUUUGUAAAUAAAUAGAUUGAUAUAAUGCAUUGAUAGAUUGAUGGUGUGCACGUUAUCCAGUCUGGAUUUAAAGAGACAUUACAUUUUAAGUACGCAAAGAGCCCUUAUAUAAAGUACUGCAAUGUGACAGCACAUAAUAGCCCCUCUGGCAUGUGUUAGAGAUUUUUAGAGUUUCCAGCUUUCUUGUCCUCAUUUAAUACUGUGUUCUGGGGUUUCUACUAUUACAGUUCAGCUGUCUUCUUGCUGUUUAGGGAUAAGUAAGUAAGUGUGCAUGGCUCCUCUGUAUAGGAAGGGUUUGAGUCAGAGAGGCUCCUUGGGACAUGGACCUUAUGGGUAAGGAUACCAGUAUGCAAGUGGAUGUUGUAGGAAAAGGUUCUGAGUAGUUGAACAGGUGGGCGUGUGCUUUGUACAAGGGGCGGAGCUGGGUUUGCUAGCUGAAUGCAGGAGCUGUGGGUGCUGCCUGCCUGGGAUCUGACAGCUGCUGCAGUCGAAAGUCUGAAGCUGUGAUGGGGAGACUUAGCGGAGCCCUGCGAUGUGUCAAAUACCUGCUGCUGACUUUCAACCUUAUAUUCCUGCUGGCAGGAUCAGCUGUAACUGGUAUUGGUUUAUGGCUUCGAUUUGGUGGAGAAUUAAGAGAUGCAGUUUUAGAAGAUGAAGAUGAAGAUUUCAGAUCAUCGUUUUUUAUGGGUUUGUAUGUCCUAAUAGGGGCAGGAGCGUUAAUGAUGCUGAUUGGGUUCUUUGGUUGCUGUGGAGCGGCUCGUGAAUCUCAGUGUCUGCUUGGAGCGUUUUUUGCCUGCCUGCUUGUCAUAUUUGCUGCAGAAGUGACAGCAGGAGCUGUCGCCUUUUUAGGCAAGGCUGAGGCUGUUAAAGAACUAAAGAGUGCAUAUCAUGAAGCUUACAAGGCCUUUCAAGAAAAUGGAACAAAGAACAAUACCCUUUCUAGUGUGCAUGAAAUGGCUAAAUGUUGUGGGACUGAGGACCAAGCCAGUAUUACAGUACUGAAGCCCCUGUGUAGUGAGAAGCAGCAGGAAUACAAGAACUGCCUCAUAGAGAUUGAGAAGACAUUGAACUACUAUUUCCAUAUUGUUGGAAUACUCGCAAUUGCUACCGCGGGGAUUACUAUCUUUGGCAUGAUGUUUAGUAUGGUUCUUUGCUGUGCAAUCCGCAACUCAAGAGACAUGCUGUGACGGCUGUAUUCAUAAAAGUCUUGCACCUUGUUGGAGCUCCACCUGCUGGUCCAGGGACUGAUUUACAAUCUUCCACUUGGACAGUCUACCAUAACAGUGUAUAACAGAAUGUGCUUUUAGUCGAGUUUGUAUGAAGCUCUGUAGUGUUUUGCAGGACCCAAAGCCUUAGAAGCUAAUACAGAAUGCUUUAUUUGGCAGGCUUUUGUAACAGCUGUAUUAAAUGGUUAAAGCUUUAAAUGAACAGACCAACCCCUACAAGACAAUAUGGUUAAAAGCAAUUUUAUUAGGAUUCCAUAACCCUAACUGCCUUAUUUAUCUGACAUUAAUCAAAGAAAAAUCCAGAGAAGUAGAAUAUAUGGCACUGGUAUGAUCAGUGCCAUUCAUCGGCAUAACAACAGUGCUCUAGGCCCCCCACAAAAAGAGAUCUUCAGAGGGACCCAGACACACACCACCCCUACCCAGUCCUCCCAACAUCCACCCAGUCACUUGUGACCGCUUCCCAGCCACUUGCACCAGAGAAGGUAAGAAAGCGGCUUGGGAAAAGGCAUUUCUUAGAAUUAUAGAAAAAGCAGAUCCUGAAGUCUGGUCCCCCCUGUUCCCCAGGCCACUGGUGCCAUAUAUUCUACAUUUCCUGACACAUACUGAAUACACCACACUGAUAAGCACAUAGAACAACAAAAAAUAUCAGUCAGGUUACAAUAAUAUUUUGUCGUUUGGUUACUGGGGAUUGAAAACCAGUGUUUUAUAAACAAUGUUUUAUAAAAUUGCUGCCAAUCACUACAAUUUAAUAUGAAAUCUCUCAUAACCACUUUCUUAAAAUUAAACAUGCAUUUUAACUGUAAUUCUGUAAUACACAGACACGCGUUGUAAUAAUUGUAUGUAAAUAUGUAAAAAAUUCCUUUUUAGGUGUCUUUUGUAUUCUUUCCUGCUUCAUCUGUCUUUGUUUGUUGAAAAAAAAUAAAACAUGCCCACUUACCAGUCA